AUGCGAGGUAUAUCCAGAAGUAAACGUGACGUCGAACAAGAAGUUGACGGUGAAGGUGACGAGAGAGCGAGUAAUGCCGAGCCCGAGGAUGAUGCAGAUGCUACUGCGGACAGUGACGGUACUCCUGGUGACCGUGAUGCUCGUGACGAUAAUGUUGCUACCAAUGACGACGAGCAAACAAAUGCAGGUGCCUCUGGAAACGGGAAGCUGAAAUCGGAGUUGCCUCUGAAGCCUGGAAGCAUUAUCGAUUCAAUACCAUUCGCGAAAGAGGAUAGAAAUUCUGGAUCUUGCAUUGUUUCCGGAUGGGGAGUUAAAUCUUUUGGAUCAAAGAAACCCACCAUAUACCUCUAUUGGGCAAACAUGGAGAUUUACCCUUUGUCUGAAUGCGCGAUUCAGUAUGAGCUAGCCGGUACUCAAAUCACAAACGGCAUGGUGUGCGCAAUGUCAGACAAACUGGAAGGGGCUUGUCAAGGAGAUUCUGGAGGGCCACUAACUUGCAAUGGAGUCCUCAUGGGAAUUGUCUCAUUCGGCGUGGGUUGUGCGCACAAGACCUAUCCUGAGGUUUUCACUAAUGUGGCUUACUACAUCGAUUGGAUCGAUUCGACAAUUCGAAAAGUCGAUACAACUACGUCGACUUCCGUUGCUAAACCAAUUGUUACCACACCAUCUGUUAUUGAUAUGAACACCACCGCUGCACCACCUAAACAUAGGGAUAGUACCACGGGUAGCGGUAACUCAGCCUCAUUACCAGUCAUAUCUUCAAAUAUGAGUUUAUUACUACUAUCGUUGUGUAUGUUCAGCUACAAAAUAAUGUCAGCAGUUAAUUGA